ACACACUAAAAGUUUGCUGACUGGAGCAGCAACAACAGAAGCUCCUCCUUUCCAGCACAUCUGGAAUUUAGUCCGAGAGGAAAGGCACAUACCAGCACUCUGGCUGACUAACAGUUCACUGGAACAACCAGUACACAGCAAGAAUUCAGGUUCGUAAUUAAAGCUAUUCUUCGCUUGCAGAUUAAAACUGCAGUUCCACUCCCCUAACUCUGGACUGCUGGUUUCCUGAAUACAGCCCAACGCUGCGUUGCCGCUACUGCGAUCUGGGAGUCCAAGCUCACCGCUGAAGUCAUCACCACUGACUGACAGCAUCUACAAGAACUGCAGAAGGAUGCCAUUAGGAGGAGGAAACAAAUGUGGCCGCUGCUCAAAGACCGUUUACUUUGCAGAAGAGGUGCUCUGUGAUGGGAGGAGCUUCCACAAGUCCUGCUUCCUGUGCCUGGUGUGCGCGAAGAAUUUGGACAGCACAACGGUUGCGGUUCAUAUGGAUGAGAUCUACUGCAGGGCAUGCUACGGAAAGAAGUACGGGCCAAAAGGCUACGGUUACGGCCAGGGAGCAGGGGUCCUCAACAUGGACAAAGGAGAGGCUCUGGGCAUCACACAUGAAGAACCUGGUCCUCAUCGUCCAACCACCAACGCGAACCCCUCUAAGCUAGCUCAGAAGUUCGGAGGGUCAGACAGGUGCCCUCGCUGUGGCAAGGCCGUGUACGCUGCUGAGAAAGUGAUCGGCGCUGGAAGUUCAUGGCAUAAGAUCGGAUGUUUCACUUGUGCCAAAUGUGGGAAGAGCCUUGAGUCGACCACAUUAGCCGACAAGGACGGAGAAAUCUACUGCAAAGGCUGUUACGGCAAAAACUUUGGUCCCAAGGGAUUUGGGUUUGGAGCGGGAGCCGGAGCGCUGGCACACACCCAAUAGAGACUGUCACUGGGUUGACAAGUUUCCAGAUUACUGCACUACUGCCUUCUUUCUGCACAGGGCAGGCCGCUGCAGGCUGUUACCCCCCAACAGACACAUGCUUGACAGAAAGCUGCAUUUAUAUAAACUGUACAGGCAAGAAGAUAACACCAUCACGCCCCUUUUGGCCAACUACAUUUGUCACAGUCAAUCUUGAUACAGACACAACACAUAAUAAUGGCGUUUUACCCAAUCUCUUUAAAGCUGCGUUGGUAAUUUGCACAUGCUUAUUGUAACAUGGUUUUGUUCUGCAAAAUGCAAUCUCAGCAUCAUAAGAUACACAACUGUCUGUAUUACACAGUAAAUGCUCAUUGUAUUUUGUACAGCAUGCUUUUUAAACAGCAUGAUAUAGCCUAUGAAAUAAAAAUGGAAAAAUAAUG